GGAGGAGGAGGAGGGAGGGAGGAAGAGGCGGAGCGGCAGCAGGGAGCAGGAGGAGAAGGGCAGAGGAGGCAGAGGCGGCUCCAGCGCUCCCUGAACUCGCAGCACGGCCGGGGAGCAUCGCCCCCAUCCCGCAGACAAGGAGCUGAGCAUGGAGAGCAGGGAGGACAAAGGCGGCCAGAGAUGGAGCCAGAGCUCAGAGCUGGUGGUCCAUGAGCAGCUUCCUGAUGGGGAGAAGCCCCACAAGUGCUUUGGGUGUGAGAAGAGCUUCAUCUGGCGGUGCCACCUGCUCCGCCACCAGAGGAUCCACACAGACGAACGGCCCUACGAGUGUGGGGAAUGUGGGAAGAGCUUCAUCUGGCGGUGCCACCUGCUCCGCCACCAGAGGAUCCACACAGACGAACGGCCCUACGAGUGUGGGGAAUGUGGGAAGAGGUUUCAGAACAGCUCCAGCCUGAUCCGGCACCGUCACGUACACACUGGGGAGAGGCCCCAUGAGUGUGGGGAGUGUGGGAAGAGCUUCAGGCAGCGCUCCCACCUGAUCCGUCACCAGAGGAUCCACACUGGGGAGCGACCCUUCAAGUGUGAGGAGUGUGGGAAGAGCUUCAGGCAGAGAAGUGACCUAAACUUCCACCAAAAGAUCCACACUGAGGAUAGGCCCUACAAGUGUUCUGAGUGUGGGAAGGGAUUUUUGACCAGCACUCAGCUCCUCGUACAUCAGCAGAUUCACUCAGAGGAGAGGACCUUCCGCUGCCCCGACUGCGGGAAGGGAUUCACACAGAACUCCACCCUCAUCAGGCACGGGCGCAUCCACACUGGGGAGAGGCCCUACGAGUGUGAUAAAUGCAGGAAGAGGUUCCAGACCAGCUCCAGUCUCCUCCUGCACCAGCGCACACACACGGAGGAGAGGCCCUUCCGCUGCCCCGAGUGUGGGAAGGGCUUUAGGCACAAUGGCAACCUCGACAGGCACCGACGCAUCCACACUGGGGAGAGGCCACAUGAGUGUGAGGAAUGUGGGAUGAGCUUCAGCCAGAAGACACACCUGAUCUGCCAUCAGAGGACCCACACUGGGGAGAGGCCCUACGAGUGUGGUGAAUGUGGGAAGAGCUUCAGUCAGAGCUCCAACCUGAUCAGCCACCAAAAGAUCCACACUGGCGAGAGGCCCCAUGAGUGUGGGGAAUGUGGGAAGAGCUUCAGGCACCGUGCCCACCUGAUCUGCCACCAAAAGAUCCACACUGGGGAGAGGCCCUAUGAGUGUUCCAAAUGUAGGAAGAGGUUUCCCACCAGCUCUUAUCUCCUCUGGCACCAGUGGAUUCACACGGAGGAGAGGCCCUUCCGCUGCCCCUACUGCAGGAAGGGUUUCAAGCACAACUCCACCCUCAUCAUCCACCGGCGCAUCCACACUGGGGAGAGGCCCUACAAAUGCCUCCAGUGCGGGAAGAGCUUCUCCAGGAGCUCUCAGUUGACCAGACACCAACAGAGGCACCAGUAAGGGAAGCCGUGCGAGUGCCCCCAGGGCGGGAAGAGCUUCUUGAGUUCCCCAACUCCAUCCCUACUUUCAAAUCCUAAUAAUGCAGGAUUCAAAGGCAGGAAGAUCUUUUCCUUGCUGGAAACUGGAAUUCCACACCCUUGGAGUGUGUGCCAUGCAGGAGCAUCCAGAUUGGGAUCCUGCAGACUGGGACCUUGUAGACUGGGAUUGUAUGGGUUGGGAUCACAUGGACUGGGGUUGUAAAAAGUGGGACUGUACAGACUGAGAUCACAUGGACUGGGAUUUCACAGGCUGGGAUCAAAUGGACUGGGAUUUCACAGGCUGGGACCAUCCGGAUCAGAACCAUAGAGACUGGGAUCAUACAGACUGGGAUCAUAUUGCCCUGGAUGGCUGCACUGGAACGAUGUGAGCUGAGGCAGUCCCGUCUCCCCCAAGGGGUCUCUCCCAGUCCCGCCCAGUCCUGAACGGGGCUACGACCAGAACUCUGAAGCGAAGGCAGCAGUCUCGGAGCGAUCUUGAAGCCAAUCCCCGAGCAAUUCUGGGUCCAGUCCUCAUCCCGGUUCCGGCCUCAGUCUCAGUCUCAUUCCCAGAGCUGUGCCAGUCUCAGUCUCGGUCUCAGCACGGUCCCGGUUCCAGUGCCGGUACCAGUGCUGGUCUUGGUCCCAGAGUGCUCCCAGUGCCAAUCCCAGUCUCAGUCCCAGUCCCUGGGCGGUGCCAGUCUUGGUGCUGGUUCCGGUGUCGGUCUUGGUCUCAGUCUUGGUCCCAGUGCCAAUUCUUGUGCUGGUUUCGGUGUCGAUCUCAGUCCCAGUCCCGGUGCCAGUGCGGUGCCAGUCCCUGUUCUGGUGUCAGUUCUUGUCCCAGUUCCAGCCCCUGUCCUGCAGCAGUGGCAGUGUCGGUUCUGGUGUUGGUUCUGGUCCCAGUCCUGGUCUCAGUGCCUGUCCCAGAGCAUCGCCAAUCUUGGUGCUGGUUUCAGGUCCAGUGUUGGUCUCAGUCUUGGUGCUCGUGCUGGUUCUGGUGCUGAUCUUGGUCUCGGUCUCGGUCCUGGUCCCAGAGAUUUUAGGCCUGUUUGGCUGAUUUUAAGCCAAAUCUGUUGCAUUUUAGGGUGGACUUCAGGCCCCUUUGGGUGACUUUCGGCAAACCUAGGUACUUUAUGGUUGGGAUUUACGCCCACUUGAGAGAUUUAAGUGUGAAUAGAGGCCAUUUAAAGAAGACUUAAAACCAGUUUGUGCAGUUUUACGCUGCUUUGGUGGGAUGUUAUAGUCCUUUGGAUGAUUUUUAACUGCAUUUGGCUCAUUUUAGGCUAAAGCAUGUGGAUUUAGGGUGGAUGUUAGGCCCUUUUGGAUGAUUUGAGGCCAAGUCUGAUCGAUGUUAGGGUGGAUUUUAGUCGCCUUUAGACAAUUUUAGACCCAUUUGUGUUAUUUUAGGCCAAACCAGGCCCUUUUAGGACCGUGUGUUCCCUUGACCCCGCCCCUUUCCCCUGACAGUUCCCGCCCUUUCCCUGACCCCGCCCCCACAGUUGGGGCUGGGAACGGGGGAGGAGGAGGAGGGAGGGAGGAAGAGGCGGAGCGGCAGCAGGGAGCAGGAGGAGAAGGGCAGAGGAGGCAGAGGCGGCUCCAGCGCUCCCUGAACUCGCAGCACGGCCGGGGAGCAUCGCCCCCAAUCCCGCAGGUGCCCGGGGAGGGGGAUCUCGCCCCAAAUAUCCCGGGGGAGUCUCUGUGUUUAGGGUUUUUUUGUGGGUGAAUCAUUAAAAACCUAUACGAUCACAGACAAAGACUCUCUAACUAAUUAAAUUUACAAAGUGGUAUGUUUAUUCACCAGCAGGCAGCACAGGAAUCAUCUCUGAAAGGCAUGACUGCCCCGAACAAGGUUCUUUGCCCUCUAUUUAUUUCCCAAGAUCUUACAUACGAUACAUAUGCAUAACCCCAGCACCUCUCAUUCCCAUUCAGUAUUAAAAUGAGGCUAUUAGUCCUUCAUGCUUGUGCAGUUCUCUUGAAUUGGGUCAGUGGUCGCAAAGGAUGAAGUCAGGAAAGUCUUCAUCAGGUCUCUGUGAUCCUCUGGCACGAUCCAAGGCCCCCUGCUUGGUGAUUGAUUGAUAGAAAGCCCAGGUGCUGGCCAUUGUUCUACCUGGUUUCAAUCUGUUCUUAUAAUGGUUCACUUACUGCACUUCCUACUAUAAACAAGCUCAUAAUAGCAAGCAAUAUAACAAUUAGCUCUAGCUUAGGCAUCUAAUAAUCAUUAACCUACCAUUUACUUAUCUAACUUACACCUUGAUCAAUAUAAAUUGCUUCUAACCCUUAGCUAAAAUCUUAACUCUUUAAAAUCAUGAUUCAUUUCCCCACUCCUUCUUCAAGGUUAGUAAAUUCUUUUACUAAUAUACAGAUUGUUCUUCAUUAGCAAAGCUGUGCGGUAGGUGUCCCUUAAAACCAUACCAUGUGCUUUUGAUAUUGAAGUUAAAGCUGCUACUCACUUCAGCAUUCUUCAAUUCCAAACAAGUAUCAUGACAGACAGAAUCAAACUUAUACCAACUAAAAUAAGAAAAACAAUAAUUGGAUGAACCAAGGUAUUGAGCAGACUGGUUGCGGAUGGUGACCACCCAAAAAGCACA